ACAGAACAGAAAAUUGUUUUGCCAAAUUUUGUAUUUGUUUUGCGUAAAUUAUAUACUUCUAUUAUUAUGGAAUUAUCGCCCAAUGGUGAACCUGUGGACAAAAAACCUAUUUUAACUGCCGAGGGUCUAGUUCAAUCUACUGCCCAUACCGCAAACGCAACAAAUAGCUCUUCGCCCGACAAAACUUUGACAGCUUCCAAUCUUGACAUCGAAAUCUUACCUGUCAUCUACGACAUUAUUCGUUGUGUGGAAAAAGAUCCUAAAGAUAAUACGGCCAAGCAACGAGAAUCUCAGGAGUGUAGUCAAAAGAUUUUAGAACUACAAAAACGUUUUGAAGCAGCCAGAGCACAAAUUCGUCUAUUGCCCGGCAUUGAUUACAACAAAGAAGAACAAUUGCAAAAAUUAGAAUUGUUAAAAAGUCAAUUGAAAUUGAAACAGCAACUUAUACGUAAAUACAAAGAUAAACAAUUUAAUUAA